GUUCUGUUCAGAGUCAGCCGUUGCAGUUGUUUAAUAAUUAUAUCAAUAAUAAUAACAACAUUGAACCCUAUCAGGCCAAAUCAAAAACAAAGACAGCAGGCAGCGGGCAGGUGAUGGAGUGAACUGAUUCUGCGUGUGUAGUAUGUCAGUUGCAUUAGGCAAGGGUGUCAGGAGGAUUGAGGUGGUAGUGACCUUGUUGCUAAGUACAGAAGCAAAAUAGAAACAAGUGUGCCAAGUACCGAGUGGAGGAGAGAGAUGGAGGCAGACACUGUAGGGGGAAAAAUGUGAUUUAAAAGGGCCCUUUCAUUCCACAGGCACAAAAAUCCACAGCCAGGAAUUUGCUGCCACCUCUGAGACAGUCGGGGGUGGGGGCCACAGUCCCAUCAGAGAAUGCCCAGUGGACCAGCCUGCAAGUCACAUUCCUGAUUGGGACCCGUGCAGGCAGGAGCAGACCCAGCUCACUUGUUUCCUGGGUGGUAGAUCGGGAUGGCUUUUGCAGAGCUUUCACCACUGACCCCUCGUCGCCGGGACCUCUGCAGCCGUUCUAUCUGGCUAGCAAGAAAGAUUCGUUCAGACCUGACUGCCCUCGUGGAAUCUUACGUGAAGCAUCAGGGUCUGAACAAGUCGGUCAGCCUGGACUCUGUGGACGGGGUGCCUGUGGCGAGUACCGACCAGUGGAGCGAGCUGACGGAGGCGGAGCGGCUCCAGGAGAACCUGCGCGCCUACCGCACCUUCCGCGCCCUGCUGGCCAGGCUUCUGGAAGAGCAGCAGGUCCACUUCGCCCCCGCCGAGAGUGACUUCCACCAGGCUGUACGCACGCUCGGGCUCCAGGUUUCCGGCUUUGCCUACCAGCUGGAGGAGCUCAUGGUGCUCCUGGGACACGAGGUCCCCCCGGACGAGGUCCACGGAGCGCCUGUGGGAGAUGGGGGGCUCUUUGAGAAGAAGUUGUGGGGCCUGAAGGUGCUGCAGGAGCUCUCCCAGUGGACCGUGAGGUCCAUCCGGGACCUGCGGGUCAUUUCCUCCCUGCCGGCCGAGGGCCCCCGGCACCUUGCCAAGGGUCAGAAGAUGUAGCGUGGGCCCUCCCUCCUGCUCGCCUCCCUUUGGAUGGGACGUUCAGGGUCCUGAGUGGCUUUGAACAGCUCUAAGGCCUCAUCAAGUAGGGCUAAAGACGCGUGCGUGUCGGGUGCAGGGAGCUUUGUGUCGCCCAGCCUCUAACCUGUCCAUCCUCGAGUGACCUUUACAGUAACGGCCUCGCAGACCCAAAGGUAAACAUUUUAACUCUAGUUCUGGGAGACUCCUGAAAGACUAAGCUAAUAAAAACCGUGCGCUCUAGCUGUUCAAACUCUCAGGCAAUAAACGUGAUGGCUAACACCUUCGCAGCUGCUGUCUCGGGCAGGGCGCCGAGGGCUUUGGGGCAUUAGGUGUAACUUGCGGCACGGUGGGAGGGAGAAGACAGGGUGCUCUUGGACCUGGCUGAGGUCCCGGCUGCGAGGAGCGCCCUCUGCUUGAACCCAGGCCUGUGCCCUUCCCGAGGCCCAGCCGUGGACCUGUCACUGCACCUCUUGGCCGUAGUCUGCCCCGAGCGUGGGAAACACCAUUCCAGUCCCUCAGGGGUCAGUAGCAGACUCUAAAAAGGCAGAGUCUGUCACCUACACUUGACCAGGAGGAGAGCAGCUCGAGGUGUUUGGCUCCACCAGACUGGGGGGCCGGGAAGGUGCAGAAAUCCGACCUGGUCUACGCGGAGGCACCGCAGCUGGCCCUGCGGCCCGUGGCCCAAGCAUCCGGGAACAGUGAGUGGACGCUCAGGCUUCAUCAGCCCGCCUCUUCUGGACACUGCUCCCACUGGGAAUGCCAGAGAUUCCACCGCGCCUGCAGCACCGACCCCAGGCUGCACCAAAGGCUCGGCUGUGCUCGCGACACUGCGAGGGCGGCGCGAAGGCUGUGGCCUGCUGGGCGCGGGAAGGCUCUUUGCAGCACUGCCGUGUCUUGGUGCAGCGGGAAUGCAGACGUUCUGGGGGUCACGUAUUGUACGCCUAACUCGUAGCUAAAGCUCGAGAUCUUGGGUUGGUGCAGUAAAUUCAGUGCGACUGGUCAAGGCGUUUUCCUGACCUGUGAGUCAGGAAGGGCUCGCUGACACUGUCACAAGACGCCGGAUGCAUGACAGCUUGGUGCUUCACCAGUCGGGCAGUCGCUGUUUUGACAGGACGUGGACUCAGCUUUGUGGGCCCUUAGGGAAAGUAAGGCCCUGCUUUCUAAUACACAUUUGUGGGGACGUGUGUAAAAAUGAAAAUAUAAAUACCAGUAGUAGGUUGAAGGCCUGGGUUUAAAUCUUGAAGAAAUGAGGGCCAGAAAUCAUUUCUUGGAGUAGAGAGGAGCUAUUGUCUAAGGGAUCGGCUGAAAGCAAUGUAGGGGAAAAUGAAAGAAAUGGCGAAGAGUUGGCCACUUAAAAAAAAAAGGCAAUAAUAAUAAUAACAUAUUUUGGCCCAGCUAUCAGCAGAGGCUUAUUUGGUUUUUAUUUUACCUGUAAUUUUGGCACAGACAGACAGCUUCUCACUAAAAUACAGAAGCUUAUUUUAUUCAAGCUUUUCCUCAUUUAAAUUAUCUCUUCUGCUUAAUACUAGCAUUUUUUUUUCCUUUAGUAAAUAUCUGCUCACUAAUGUAAGGCCCUUUAGAUUAUCUGGGAAGUGGUUUCAGUUAAAGGAGAAGCGGAGCUGCCUACGUCUGGAGUGAGCGACCCCUCCACUUGUCCUGUGUCCAGCAGGUGUGGCGUGGCAGACUGCAGAAGUCAGGUGAGCAGAGGGGCAGGGAGGAACAGGUAGGAACCGUCAAAUGCCAGGGCCGGGGAGGUGUGAGCCUCAUCCCACAAGUGCAUUCCCAGCACCGGUUUCUCCUCGAGACUUGAUGUGCCUCAGAAUGGGAAGUGGACGCUUCUCCGUGUAACAAAACGACACAGCUGGGGCCUGAAUGUGCACCUGGAGAGGGUGACGCGGUUGGAUAAGGCCUGACCGCCCUCUGGGUGGUGUCUCGCGAUGCAGGAAGGCGUAAUGGAAACACUGUAGGAGUGCUUGUGUUUUAAAGACCCAUAACCCCAAAGGGGCUUUUUUAUUUAGGUUUUAUUCCCUUGGUUCUUAGGACGGAGUUAUGGAUAGGCUCUCUGGGCAGUCAGCUGUAACAAAGCACAUAACUUUACUUCUACCCUCCAAUACCUACUUUGUAAAAAGUAUCCUUUUACUCAGCCUCCAGAGAGGUCCUUGCUGCAGAGACCCAUUCUGUUUUCUGAGUCUGUUAAGAAAUUACAUGGCUGAUAGUAGAUCUGUCUCAAGAGGAUGAUUUGGAAAAUCCUCGCCGACUGUCAUAAACGUGAAGGCCAGACAUAAAGUUCAUUUGAAGAUAGUGAGGGUCAAGUGAAGUGAGAAUUUUAAUAAAAAUGGAAAGUGUAAGGUCAUAGCCUUGGUACUGCUGUUAUUUCAAGCACUGCGGACGAAAGCCAAAAGAUGACUCAUUGUUGUGAACACCGGUCAGACAGGCAGAGGACACGUAGAUAUUUUAGGGAGACAUGUCUGAAAGGUGGUCUAGAAUGACUUGUCUCUGAAUUCGAAGCUUCGUGGGUGCCGCUGUGCUCUCUUUCUCCUCUCUUUUGAGGGGAUAGAGAUGCAGGAAGCAGAGACCUCCACAGAAGGGGAAGACGCAGGGGAAAGGGAGUAGCCAGUGAGAAAAUGUGGGCGGCCACUGAGCUGUGUGCGUGUGUGUGCGCGUGGGGUGCCCGUGCAGUGUCUGGGCCGGGACUUUCCUUACAAGAAUGACCUGGCCUGCUGGCUCACCCACCCUCCUCCUCAAGCAGCAAGCUCAGGAAUGAGCCCUCUGAAUGCUGUUGCACUCAGAAAGUGAAAAAUGAUAAACAGCUCCGUCUUGGCACAGAAGCUUCGGCAAAGUUCUGGGUACUGCAGAUAAAGACAGUGAAAAGAUAAUUUGGUCUUUUGAUGAAAUGUUGUGUGGAGUGUGAGACAAAAUUCAUGUGCUUGUGACUCGACAUGACGUGUAUUUCUUCAAUUUAUCUAUUUUUGGCCCACGAAAAAUAAGACGCCAGAAUGGCUAACAAUAA